AUGAGCUCCAAAACACAAGUUCUCUGUUUCUGGUGCUCCCUUUUGCUUCUUCUAGUGCCUUCAUUGUCACUAAACUCAGAUGGAGUUUUCUUGCUUGCUUUCAAGUACUCCAUCCUCAGUGAUCCACUUUCAGUCCUAGAAAGCUGGAACUAUGAGGAUGAAACGCCUUGUUCAUGGAGUGGAGUCACAUGCACCCAACUCGGAAACCCCGGAACUACUGACAUGUUCAGAGUCACAAGCUUGGUCCUCCCAAGUAGACAGCUUUUGGGUUCUAUAGCUGAAGAGUUGGGAAUGAUAGAACACCUUGUCCAUCUUGAUCUUUCCAACAAUUUCUUCAAUGGGUCUCUGCCUAAAACCAUUCUCAAUGCCUCUGAGCUUCAGGUGCUUUCUCUCUCAAACAAUGUCAUCUCCGGUGAGCUUCCUGAGUCCAUUGGUGAUCUCAAAAGCCUUCAGCUUCUCAACAUUUCCGACAAUGCUUUGGCCGGAAAAGUCCCUCAAAACCUCACUUCUCUACAAAACCUCACUGUAGUUUCUCUGAGAAGCAACUACUUCACUGGUAAUGUCCCAACUGGGUUCAAUUCCGUAGAGGUUUUAGAUCUCUCUUCAAAUCUUCUCAAUGGUUCUCUGCCUCUUGAUUUCGGUGGAAACAAUCUGCGCUACUUAAACCUCUCUUACAACAAGAUUUGGGGGAAAAUACCAGCAGAGUUUGCAACGCAUAUUUCACUAAAUUCAACCAUUGAUCUCUCCUUCAACAACUUAACCGGACCAAUCCCGGAUUCACAAGCUUUGCUCCACCAGAAAACAGAGCAGUUUGCAGGAAAUAGUGAACUUUGCGGCAAACCGUUGAAGAAUCUUUGCCCAAUUCCUUCUACUCUGUCUACUCCUCCAAAUGUGACUUCAUCUUCUCCAGCUAUUGCAGCCAUUCCCAAAACACUCGACUCAAACCCGGAACCAAACACAACCGGCGCACCAAACGGUACUCAGAACAAAACCCAAACAGGGCUAAAACCGGUCACAAUCACCGGAAUAGUAGUCGGGGACUUAGCCGGAAUAGCCAUCAUAGGGCUGGUCAUUCUCUACGUCUACCAAGUCAGGAAGAGAUCAAGCAAACUCAACCAAACUUCCGCUUCAUCAUCAUCAGACCCGGAGAAGAAACCAGACAUUGUCACUAAAAUAGAGGCAUCUGCAACAAAACCAUCAUCAUGGUCAUGCAUCACCAUCAAAGGCGAAGAGACUUCCGAAGCAACCAGCUCAGACAGUGACCACGAUGACCAUGCAAAUGAUCAAAACGUUGGAAACAACGCCAAGCGUGGCGUGCUGAUAACCGUAGACGGGGAGCCGGAGCUUGAGCUGGAGACGUUGCUGAAGGCCUCGGCGUAUGUGUUGGGUGCUAGUGGUCCGAGCAUUGUGUAUAAGGCUGUGCUGGAAGACAAGACGGCGCUGGCGGUGAGGAGGAUUGGAGAGAGUGUGGUGGAGAAAAUGAGGGAUUUCGAGAACCAAGUGAGGGCCAUUGCCAAGAUGAGGCACCCAAAUUUGGUGAGGGUUCGUGGGUUUUAUUGGGGAGAAGAUGAGAAGCUUGUGAUAUAUGACUAUGUUUCCAAUGGCAGCCUCGCCGGCACCGUUAACAGAAAAGCAGGUUCAUCUCCAUACCAUCUGCCUCUACAAGUUCGGUUGAAGAUAGCGAGAGGCAUUGCUCGGGGGCUAGGCUACAUCCACGAUAAGAAAAACGUGCAUGGAAAUAUAAAACCAAGCAACAUUCUUCUAAACUCCGAUUUCGACCCUGUAAUAAGUGAUUUCGGCCUUGACAAGCUAAUGCUGGGCGGCAUGAUCAGUCACAAAGGUAGUGGUUCUGCCCGAGGGUAUUUUGGAAGCCUAAAGUCCGCAGGGGCUCGAGAAGGUUUUAAUGAAGUGGUACCACCAGUUGCCGGCAGCCCCAUUGCGACAUCUUCCUCCGCAGGAGGUGCAUUGUCGCCUUAUCAAGCCCCUGAGUCCUUGAAGAACUUGAGGCCGAACCCCAAGUGGGACGUGUACUCUUUUGGUAUAGUUUUGCUAGAGCUUCUCACGGGUAGGGUAUUUUCAGAAAGGGAGCUAGCGGACCAGUGGACCGCUGGCUCGCUGAUGGGGGAGAAGAACCGGGUUCUGGUGAUGGUCGACGUGGCGAUUCGGGCUGAAGUGGAGGGUAGGGAAGAUGCAUUGCAGGCUUGUUUGAAGCUAGGGUUUAGUUGCGCUAGUUUUGUUCCGCAGAAGAGACCAACCAUGAAAGAAGCCCUCCAAGUGCUAGAUAAAAGUAUUUCUACAAGCUAAUAAUAAUGUGUUUCGAGGUAUCCCACAGAAGUGGUGUAAUGUAA